GAUUGUGUUAACUUGCAAAAACCCUGAAACUCCUCUGAUAAACCCUAGAGAGUUGAGACCAAGUUGUGUUAGUUUCUGCAAUGGAGAUAACUGGUUUGGUCCCUCUUGUGGGGGAAAACUAUGCCCUCAAGCUGAAGCAGUCAAUGGAAGCUCUUUUGGCUGAGGUUCCCAAAGAAUCCCCGGAUUUUUCUCUCUUCAUCGAUGCAUUUUACGAAUUGAUACAAGCUAAGGUUGAUCCACCCUUUGAGGUGAUCUGGGUCUAUGCUGCAAUCAAGUUUCGUGGCCAUGAAUCGGAGAAAGGUGAUGUCUUGGACCGAGUAUUGGCUGCAAAAGGCUUGUUUCAGCUGAUAUCUUCAUGUUCAGCUUCGGUUGGUGGCUCAAAGAGUGUUGCUUUACUGGCCCCUGUUGUUUUUGUGGCGCAUGGAGUGCUUGUGGAGAUUUUGGGAAGGGAGUUGAGUUUGAAGAGAGAGAGGAAAGCAAUGAGGGAGGUGAAGUCUUUGGUAGAUAUGGUUCUUGGGUAUAUAAGUGUUUGCUGUAGUAAGAUUUCUGAGGAGGAAGUUGAUUCUGAUGGUUUGAAUUUGAGUUUGCCUUUCACGGAAUUGGCGAAUGUUUGGGUGGAUAUAAAUGAUGGGUUUGAAUCUUUGUUGCCUCUUGUGAGCAGUGAUGUUUGUGGCUGGCUGUGUGCUAGAGAGUUUCAUGUUGGUUACUUGGCUGGUGCCAUCAUCAUGGAAGUGUUUUUCAUGAAACUGUGUCUUGCUCUUAAUCUGGCUACGCCAAGGGAUGAACUGGAAUUGAAUUUGAAGACUUGGGCUGUUGGCUCAAUAUCUAGCUUUCAGAACAAAUACUUCUUGGAGCUCCUUACGAGGACAACAUUAGCAACACCUUUGCCUCUGAUCUCAAUACUGAAACCUGAAAAUGAAAUUCUACUGAGGAAAGUUCUGUUUGAUGCUAUACUAUUGGUGGAGUACCCUUUCCUUUACUCUAAUGCCAAGUUUGAUGGAAGUCUUACCUUGACCAGAUUGAUUGCUACUCACGAGGCUGUAAAGUAUUUUAGGGAACUUGAUCAGAAUAGAGCUGUCUCUUACAGCAGUGCAUUUUCUGCUUCUCGUAUACCUUUGCAAAUAAUCAAAUGGGUAACAAGCCAGAAUUGUUUGGAGGAAAAAGCUGGCAGAGCAAAUGGAUCCUCACCCGGAGCUCUUAUAAAUUGGCUGCUGAGCCUUGAGAAUCGAGGGAUUACAGUUUUUGAAGACGCUGCUUUAACAAGCCAUGCAAAAUUAUGUCUUGAUAAUUUCCAAGACAAACAACAACCAAGUACAUUGGAGGGAAACAUAACAGAUGAUGUCCUAUUCUAUGUUGACAAUAGUGGGGAAGCAGGUAAUACAGGUGCUGAGGAGAAGCAAAAUGAAUUGAUUAGCGAUGCAUUUGUAGCUGCUGCACACACUAUGAAGUUAACUGAUAAUGGAACCCGAAAACGUAAAGGAAAAAGCAUAGAAAGGAAGGUUAAAUUUGUCAAGCAUGAUCUACAUCAAAACACUGAUCCUGUCAAAGCUGGGAGUUCCGCCCCAAAUGAUAGCUCAAGUGGUGAGAGUGAAGUGGAGGAUCCAGUUUCAGAUUCAGACGCAUAAGCUAGAGUAACAAACUGUUGUCUGCCUGUAAAGCACACAAUCAUCUUUGCUUGUAUCCACUCCAACCAGAUGCCACACCCCCUGUUAUUAUAUUACCUCUACAUGAUGGGGAGCUCUCAAGGGGCUAUGAGAAGUUCCAUGCUUCUUCAUACUUCAGUUUUGUUACAUUAUAUUUCCCUUGUUUUGUAAUUUAGUUCAUGUCGGCUAGUACAAGUCAUCGGUUCAGUCAUACUGCAGUUACACCAGAACUUUCUUAAGCUGCUGAGUUUUUUAUUCUUCCUUUUCAGUUACACCAGAACUUUCUUAAACAUGCGAAUCUGGAGACAGAUUGUAGGCAAUUUUCUAUACUAUAAGAGGUUCUUUUAGCAUAGUAAUGAAAUUGAUUGUCUUGGAAGCUAUAGAAGUGUUUUUACCUUCGAUUGAACUGUCUUUUAUCCCUAGUAAUAAAAUUGAUUGUUCUUUCAA